AGUUAGAUACCAGCAACACAAGCAGAUAGCGUAGCUUGCUGUGGAAGAGCAGAGGCUUCGGUGAAAAGAAGAGCAUGAGCAUCUUCACAGAGCAGCUCUGCUGGGAGUGUUGUUCCUAAUCUGAGCAGAACGCUGAAGCUUUGGAUACUGUCCAUCAUCAUAAGCCCGACUUGCAAAAAUGUCUGAUUUUGAGGAUUUCAGCAGGCCAGGAGGGCAGGCAAACGUGUCCGAGAGCUACCAGCUGAACCCCACCAGCGUGAUCGUGUCGGUGGUCUUCUCCCUCAUCUUCCUGUUGGGCACCAUCGGCAACAGCCUGGUGCUGGCCGUGCUGCUGCGGAGCGGACAGGUCGGAUACAACACGACCAACCUGUUCAUACUCAACCUGAGCGUGGCCGACUUCUUCUUCAUCAUCUUCUGCGUCCCUUUCCAAGCCACCAUCUACUCCCUGGAGGGAUGGGUGUUCGGUUCCUUCAUGUGCAAAGUGGUGCACUUCUUCAUCAACCUCACCAUGUACGCCAGCAGCUUCACACUCGCCGCUGUCUCUGUUGACAGGUAUCUGGCCAUUCGCUACCCACUCCGCUCCAGGGAGCUGCGAACCCCUUGUAAUGCAGUGGUUGCCAUGGUGAUCAUCUGGGGUCUUUCCCUGGUGUUUGCCGGCCCGUAUCUCAGCUACUACGACCUGAUUGAUUACGACAACAGUACUGUGUGUAUCCCCGGCUGGGAGGAGCAGAACCGCAAGGUGCUGGACACGUGCACCUUCCUGUUCGGCUACGUCAUCCCCGUGCUGAUAGUGAGCCUCUCGUACACUCGAACCAUAAAGUACCUGUGGACGGCCGUCGACCCUCUGGACGGCAUGUCGGAAUCCAAGAGGGCCAAACGCAAAGUCACCAAAAUGAUCAUCAUUGUCACCGUGCUUUUCUGUAUAUGCUGGCUGCCGUACCAUGUGGUGAUCCUGUGCUACCUCUACGGAGACUUCCCUUUCAAUCAGACCACGUACGCCUUCAGGCUUCUCUCUCACUGCAUGGCCUACGCCAACUCCUGUGUCAACCCUAUCGUGUACGCUCUGGUGUCCAAGCACUUUCGCAAAGGCUUCAAGAAAGUGUUCAGCUGCAUCCUCAGUAAAAAAAGGAGAAAUAAGGUUCAUGUAGUUCACGUGGCCAACACGGUGCCUGGGUUUGAAGCAGGCUCCACAGAGGUGUCUCAGAUGAAUGAGGAGAACGUACGACAGAAUGAAUGUGAAAUGAUUAACAGGCCGAUCGCAGAGCCAAGAGAAGCCACAGUGACACUGAAUUUGCCCUUUCAGCGGCAGACUUGACGAGUGAUUCAGCGUCGCUGACAGGCUUAGUACAGAUUGCCUUUUGUAGAAGACAUUGCAGCAAAUAUUUUAAAAGAAAUGUGUAAACCUCUAAAUCAUGAUAUUCACAUUUUUGGUGGCAAAUGAAUACUACAAAAAAAAAAGGAAGGUUUUAAGGAGAAAGUGAAAAUUUGUUUCCACCAUUUGCCUUAACCAUGGCUUGCACUUUGAUAUUUUUUUGCAGUAUCUGAGAAUCCACAUUGUUCUAGCACUUUUUCACAGCAUCACAGAAUGUGUCUCCCAAAUAGUCCCGAAGAUGUUCACAGGUUGGCAAAUGUGGAGGAAAAUCCACGCAAAUCAGCAGCAUUUGCUGUUCAUCUGACUUCAAACAGGUCGAUGCAGGUUUAGGGUAACUGUACAGCUCAUGUUCAUAAGCCAGACAUUCCACUGCAAGGCUGUGUGCAUCUCCACCAAUGUGAAGUCACCAUCGACUGGCCAGUCGUCACCACACCUCCUCUCCAACACCGUGGCUAACCGUAGGUUAAUUGAUCCGUUGCUUCAGUCUCUCAUGUGCCCCCCCCCCCCCCCCACACACAUAAGUUCAACUGCAACUGUAAACUUCAAACUCUGAUUAAACGUCUGUGACUACUUUUCAAUCUGCUAGUCCGUCAAUAAGGUUGUUUAUCAAAGCGGAGCAGGGUGUUUCUCUUAGUUUCUGUUUGUUUUGUGUCUUGCAUGCAGAUGCUGUUCUGUCUUGCCAAGAUAUUACUGGUAUAUUUGAAUAAUGUAUAUUUUAACUUGAAAACACUUUCAGAAAAUUGUUUGCAAACAUUAUAUUCAGUUACACUUCAAAUUCAUACCAGCAUUUAAAACGUCAAAACCUGGACUGAAUCCAUUCUGGUGUACGAGGUUCAAGAAUCAGGUGUGAAAAGGUCUGAAUUUAGUAAAAAGAAGUUUUAUUUGUUCUUGAUAAAUGACAAACAGUUAUUGGUAGAAGACUUGAGUCUUUUUGGACCCCACAUGAAAACUGGAAGCAUUUUCUUUCUUUACUUGUAUUUUGCACUGAUUGUGUUCAUGGCAUGUUUCUCUUUGGUGUAAAACAUUAUAUAUUUAAAUGAAUAUGUUUAUCAGUGAGUGCACCUGAACAUUUAAGAGUUGUGUAUUAUAUUUAAAAAAUGUGUAUUUUGUGUAUUUAAAACUUUAAAAGCUGUGACAUAAUUAUGAUAAUUUCUCUCUCCAGAUGAAAGCAGAUCCUCAGUAUCUCUCUCUCUCUCUCUUUGUGUGUUUUGCUGUAAGCUUGUGUCCUACCUCAGAGCUGUAAAAAGAAAAAUCUUAGCCUCUUAGUUGUUUUUCUCUUCUGAUUGCAUAAGAUGCAAUUUUCCUCCUGAGAGACUCAUUUCCAAACACAACCUUCUUCUCUGCACUGACCAAUUUUCCUCCAGUGUGUUUACUGUGCCCUGUGCAUCUACUGUACUUAUAUAGUCUUUGUUUCUCUGUUUGUUCUGUUUCAUCAUGUAAAGAUUCAUCACGUAAGCAGCCUGUCGAUUUUAAGAAUAUAUCAAAAACUGUUUAAGACCACACUGUAAUACACAUUUUACUGACCAAAUAAAAUAUUUUCUGCUGUGA